CCUCCCUGGUCACAGGAUCGCCCCUGCCUGCUUUAGCCCUGGUGCGGGCCUUUGCGCGGUGCCAGUCUUGCAGGCCCUUCUGGCGCUCUCCCUGCAACCAGCCUUUCCGCCAAGGGUGCCGCGGCAGGCCGGUGCUAGCGGCUCUGCUGCAGCCGUAUCCCCUGCACCCCUUCCACGCCGCCCCCUCAUCAUUGGCGGCGCCCAAGCCAAUGGCAAGAGUCUAUUCCAAAGCGUACAGAAGCGACGCCAUGACCUCGCUCGCACGCGUAUAUGCCGACACCAACGUGAACAACCCAAAGGAGUACUGGGACUAUGAAAACCUGGCGAUCGACUGGGGGAGCCAGGACGACUAUGAAGUGGUGCGCAAGGUGGGGCGGGGCAAGUACAGCGAGGUUUUCGAGGGGGUCAACACCAGAAACAACGAGAAAUGUAUCAUCAAGAUCCUUAAGCCGGUGAAGAAGAAAAAGAUCAAGCGCGAGAUCAAGAUCCUGCAGAACCUGUUUGGGGGCCCCAACGUCAUCCAGCUGCUGGAUGUGGUGCGGGACCCGCAGUCCAAGACGCCAUCGCUCAUCUUCGAGUAUGUCAACAACACCGAUUUCAAGGUGGUGCUGUACCCCACCUUGUCCGAUUACGACAUUCGCUACUAUGUCAUGGAGAUCCUGAAGGCGCUGGACUUCUGCCACUCCAAGGGCAUCAUGCACCGCGAUGUCAAGCCGCACAACAUCAUGAUAGACCACUCGCAGAAGAAGCUGCGGUUGAUAGACUGGGGGCUGGCAGAGUUCUACCACCCUGGGCGCGAGUACAACGUGCGCGUGGCAAGCCGGUACUUUAAGGGGCCCGAGCUGCUGGUGGACCUGCAGGACUACGACUACAGCCUGGACAUGUGGAGCCUGGGGUGCAUGCUGGCAGGCAUGAUUUUCCGCAAGGAGCCCUUCUUCUACGGCCACGACAACUACGACCAGCUUGUCAAGAUCUGCAAGGUGCUGGGCACCGACAGCUUCUACGCCUACCUCAACAAGUACGGGCUGGAGCUGGACCCGCAGCUAGAGGCGCUUGUGGGCAGGCAUUCGCGAAAGCCAUUUACCAAGUUUGUGAACAGCGACAACCAGCACCUGGUGAGCGCCGAGGCGAUAGAUUUCAUUGACAAGCUGCUGCGCUACGACCACCAGGAGCGGUUGACAGCCAGGGAGGCGAUGGCGCACCCAUUCCUGGCGCCCGUGCGGGCAAAGGAGGGCGGCCAGUGAGCCGACAAAUGUCGCCGCGCUGCUCCUAUGUAAUUCAUGACAGAGCGC